CGUUCUUAACACUUGGAACAUCGAUCUGGACAUGGUCGUCAACCCUCGUGGUGGCUCGUUGUAUGUCCCCGUUCACGAUGUUUGCUUGACACUCGCCGAUCGCUUCAUACGCUCCGCCUCAACCUCAAAUGAUUUCGAGACUACUUCUGCUGCAAUCACUUCGGAACUGAAGCUCUGGGAAGUUUCGUGCCGACGUCUGAACCAAAUCGGGACUGCCGAAAUCGCCGAGGAGCCUCACGACUUUUUCGUACCAUCUGGCACUCGUUCGUCCUCGCCAUGGGAGCUUGACCCAUAUGAUUUAGAUGAGGUCGCUUCGGCUCAUGUUCUACUGGUGGCAAAUCCUCUGGAAGUACCGAACAUUACUCAAUCAAUACUCAAUAACCUCAGGAUGAUACCUGACACCGAACUACAAUCAAACCAAAAACGGGAUGAAUCGUGCGAGCUGCUCGUUGAAGACACAGCUUUCCCUUGGUGGUGGGAUCUCGACACUGGCUCCAUACGCGCGAAACAAAGAUCAGGACACUGGGACUGGGAGUCUUUGAUUCGCUCCCUCUCACAGCCCGACAUCCACAUUUCCAGUGACGAUUCGUUGCAGCUUCCAAUCUCUCUUCGCAAUCGU